CAAGCGCGCAGGUCGAAGAGAGCAAGAGCUACAGAGCUUAAAGAUGCCGUCCUUCCGCCGCGUGCAAGUGCACACGUGGUCCACGAACUUCUGCAAGGCCACCAAGAUCGUCGUGGACCAGGAGCUGCCCAAGUCCUCGGCGGGCAACGUCGUGGUCAAGAACCACUUCCUGGGCAUCAACGCCACGGACAUCAACAUCACCAACGGCGGCUACGGCCGGACCACGCUCCCCAUCAACUGCGGGCUAGAAGGAGUGGGCGUCGUUGAGUCGGUGGGGGAAGGCGUGACCGACGUCUGGGUUGGCGAGACCGUCGCCUACCAACAUCUGGGUGCUUUUGCUGAGUACACGGAGGUUCCGGCCGCCAAGAUCGUCAAGACGCCGGAGCUGUCGCCUUCGGUGAUCCCGCUCACGGUCUGCGGCGUGUCGGCUUCGCUCGCUCUGGAGAAGGCUGGCGAGAUGAAGUCCAAUGAGACGGUCUUCGUGUCGGCGGCUGCAGGAGCGACCGGCCAGUUUGUCGUUCAGCUUGCCAAGCUGGCGGGCAACCACGUUAUUGGAGCCUGCAGCUCCGACGAGAAGGUCGAGUACCUCAAGUCUCUGGGCGUCGACCGCCCCAUCAACUACAAGAAGGAGAACUUGACCGAGGUUCUGAAGAAGGAGUAUCCGGAGGGGAUCAACCUCGCCUUCGAGAGCGUGGGUGGGGAGAUGUUCAAGGCCGUGCUCGACAACAUUGCGAUCUUCGGUCGCAUUAUCGUCUUCGGCAAUGUGUCGCACUACCACGGCGACGCCGGCACCGACCCGCAGUACGGAUACCAGCAGAACCGCAAGAUGCAGCUCCGCUCGGCGUCUCUGCGCGGGUUCCUGCUCUUCCACCACGCCCAGCACGUCCCGGAGCACCUGCAGCGUCUGCUGGGUCUCAUUAAGGACGGCAAGCUCAAGGCUGGCAUCGACCCCACCGAGUUCCGCGGCCUGGAGAGCAUCCCCGACGCCAUUGACCGCCUGUACGCGCAACAGAACAUUGGCAAGAUGGUGAUCAAGUUGUAAGCUGGAAGUUGUGAGCAGUGGCCGUUGAGAUGAAGAGUCAAUAAUUCAAGCGUGGGUGGUCUCAACCCCUGCGUCUUGGGUUCAGGUAAAUGGGUGCGUCCCCAGUAAGCUAAUCUCACAGAAGAUUUCGCCUCGCAG